AUGGCGGCGCCUGCUAAUUUGUAUCCAGGACUCAAUGAAGUCAGCGACGUUUUGGAAGAAAUGCCCUUGGAGGUGUCUCGUUAUAUGACGCUACUGCGAGAAAUAGAUGCCAAGUGUAUACACACGGUUCCUGAGCUCAACGGGACAAUAGACCACUUUUUCCAGCAACAAGAGGGACUGGAACAUUUGCAACAGAUCAACGGGCUUUUCCAGGAGCUGAUGCCGUCGCUGGAGGAGAAAAUGCACGUAUCUGCGCUCGCGUACGAGUCGCUCAGCAGGCUGACAGCACGUCUGGAGCUGGCGUACGAGGUGGCCAUCAAAAACACGGAAAUCCCGGUCAAGCUCAGACUCGGCAACGACGACCAUCCCGCCAUGCAUCUGCACCACGAGCUCAUGGCCAAGAUCGACUCCAAGACCAACAGCAAGUCGUCGCAGGCGUUAAAAAGCGAGUCUCGACGCGAAGCGAUGGCUGCGCGAAAAACCGGGGGCCAGGGGUCCCAGGGAUUCAGUCCCAAUGUCGAGGGCGCCGCUGCAGGGCCCGGAGGCGGCGUUCUCGAUGGGAGUGCAACAGGCAGUCCCGACACCUACUACGAAACGCAGGUUCCAGCUGAUGGACGCAAGAGACGGGCAAUGGGCGCUACGGGAGCUGCUGCUGCUGCUGCCCAUAGUCACCACCACCACCAUCACCAAAACAACGGUCACAACCACACCCACAAUCAAAAUUCCAGUCAUAAUAACAAUCACACCCACGCCCACUCACACACUCAGCAUGCGUCCCAGCAAGGUUUAACUCGUAAUGGCGGUGCCGCAGGUGUCUCGGAGCUCAAGAGACGCAAACGCAAACCUAACAUCAAAGAGGACUACUCCCAGAGACCCAAGACCAACGAGUACGGCGAGGCUCUCUACUGCUACUGUAAUCAAGUCGCUUACGGCGAAAUGGUCGGCUGUGAUGGCGACAAUUGCAUCUUGGAAUGGUUCCAUCUGCCCUGCAUUGGGCUCGAGACUUUGCCAAAGGGAAAGUGGUAUUGCAAUGAUUGCAAGCGAAACCAAUGA